AUGGCUGACGAGGAAAGGGAAGCAAGAGCUGCUGCGCUGGCUUCUCAAGCGCUGGAGCUUGUAGCCUCUGGAAGAGAUGAGGAUGGCUCUCGAGCUCUGCAGGAAGCAGCCUCACUUGCCCCGAGCAAUCCUCAUGUCAAGGCCGCCUUCGAUAAGAUACGGUCAGAUGACUUACAACACCGCCUACAGAAGCUUUGCAGCGAAUUUAUUUUGGAGCAUGACGAAAGUGCGGGCAAGGAAGCUCUCUCUUAUCUCAACAGAUCGGCAGAAGUGCCUGGAGAUGUAGCCAAGGCAUGUUUGGAACUCGUUGUAAGGACUGAGAUUUUCAAAGAUGGGGAAGUACAAGAUGGAAUUGUAGCAGGCCUUCUGAGGGAAGCUCCAGCUGCAAAAAUCGCGCUGGCAAAGAAGCUACAUGACGACACGACUAUGGUUGCAUUCGAGAAGAUAUUCAGGUUGGGUGACGGAUCUUCCAAUGGCAUGACCGAUGUGGUGUUGGAUCCGGCAGCUUGGUCAACCGAGUCAGUACGGGAGGAAUGCGAAAAAGAUGUCUUCCAAUUGUACCUUGCAAAGCUGAUUCAGGUUGGAGAUGAAGAGAACUUCAGAGCCCUGAAAGGCAUUGCUAGGCUCCUGGCAGCAGACACGGAACGUCUCCGUACACUCAUCGACGAAGAAACAUUUGAUGUGGUUCUGUCUUCGUUGGACAACCGCAAUACGGUCGAAGUACGCAGUCAAGCAACCCUAGUGACUGCGAAAUACCUGGAAGCUUCCGGAGACAACGGCCGAAAGACUCUAACACAAUUCGUCAGUUCUCGACUUACACGACAGAGAAACGAAGAUCUAGUCCAGGCUUUCUCUGCUGCUGCAGGUGUAUUCCCUGUUGCAUCAUCACCGGCCUCGACGUUGUUCCUCACAGAGGGUUUCGUCCAGACGCUGGUACCCUUGUUGAAGAAAAAGGCGAAAUCAGAAAAGGUGGAACUUGCUGCUUUGGACAUGUUGAGUGCGGCUUGCAUUGAUAGUGCAUGCCGUGAAGCCAUCAAGAAGCACUGUACAACAUGGCUGCAGCAUAUCCUAGCUACGGGCAAAGAUGAGAGACCCGGUCUUGCAGCAGUGAUCCUGGCCAAGAUCCAAGGCCCGUCUAGCCAAGGAACCGAUUCAAAGGUUCAAAUGGCAGCCGAAGAGAAGAGUGUCGCGGAUGAUCUUGUACCUAGACUUAAGAGCAUGAUGGUUGAAGAUCCAUUAGAUUCCAACCAGAGCUCUAUUGAGGGUCUGGCGUACGCAUCUGUCCAGCCUAAAAUUAAAGAGGAGCUCGCAAGAGACGAUGAGUUCCUCAAAAAACUCCUGAGAAACUUGAGGCAUAGUCCGCCCGGAUCUCCAACAAGCUUCGGCGGCCUGGCGCUCAUCGACAAUCUUACUCGCUACCUACCAAACCUUUCGGAGGAGCAGAGACGGAUGGCUCAGCUCAAAGCAUAUGCUAAUGCAUCCAAGAACGCUCCUCAAGCAGAUCCUCUUGACGAAGAUGCUGCUGUCACAGAGCGUUGCAAAGCUAUCGUAAACGCUGGAGCUAUCUCGGUCCUUGUUGGCAUGCGCAAGAAUCUGUCUCCCAACUCAAUGAAUAUCGUUAUCAGGAUUCUACUGUCGCUUUCACGGACAUCAUCUCUCCGAGGCAUUAUUGCUCAACAAGGCGGAGUAAGGCUACUGCUACAGGGUUACACCCUCAUCAUUGGAUCCUCCGACUCGGACAUGGAAGUCCGCCGUACUGCAGCUCAUGCUUUAGCUCGCAUUUUGAUAUCGAUCGAUCCAUCUCUCGUUUUCCCUUCAUCAGGCUCCAUGCCAUUGACUUCUGUCAUCCGACCAAUCCUCUCACUUCUUCGUGAAGACUCUGGUCCAAUGACUCAAGGUCCCCGAGACCUCUUGCCAACUUUCGAAGCACUCAUAGCUCUCGCCAACCUAGCAACUGUUCCUUCAAGUGGCGCAGCCGAAAGUAUCAUACGCCAAGCUUACCCUACGAUUGAAGACCUUUUGCUUAGUAACAAUACCCUGGUCCAGCGUGCAGCGACUCAACUCGUAUGCAAUCUUGCCAACUGUCACCUGGGCGUUGAGUUGUUCGCGGAUGAGUCCCCAGCUGCCGCUAGACGUAUGCACAUAUUGCUUGCGAUGGCUGACGUCGAAGAUGUAGCUACUAGAUGUGCUGCAGCUGGGGCAUUGGCUGUAGUUACAGAGUUCGAGGGAGCCGUGAAAGCGAUCCUGGCGAGAAAUAGGGCCAUGGAGAUCAUACUUGCUCUGGCAGAUGAUGAAAGCGGUGAUAGAGGAAUCGUUCAUCGAGCUUGUGUUUGCGUGAUGAACGCUGUCUGCCAGGAAUCAGAUACAGGAAAGAAGGCCAAAAACAAGGUGAAGGAACUUGCUGGUGUCGAGACAUUGAACGACCUCAUGAUUGAUUACAAAGACGACGAUCCUAUUACGCAAUGUACUCAACAAUUUUGGACGGUUCACCCGAUAUUUGUUAUUGUUUGGGAAAACGCGGACGGAGCACUCUGGCACGUCCAUCACGGUCCAGGGGAACUACCGGACAUCGACUGGAGUCAGGAGCAAAGUGACUUCCAACUACAUUCUUCACCAACCCCUGAUCCGGCAGCACCAGCGCCGCAAGUACCAUACUACUCACCAACCCCAUCAACGCCGAGUUCCUCACAUCCGCCAGCAUCAACGCCGAGUCACUCACCAACCCCUGAUCCGCCAGCAUCAACGCCGAGUCACUCACCAACCCCUGAUCCGCCAGCAUCAACGCCGCAAGUCCCGGAUCACUCACCCCACAUGACCUUCGUUACUCCAAGGGGGUUUAGGAUCCUGACGGCAGACGUGAAGGACCGGGAUAUCUCUUGUCACCGAACCCCGCAGAUUGAUAAAUCGCCGGUUUUCAUAGUUCAAACGGCGGAGAAAAGUUUAGAUGCUGUGUCACAGCUUCGAACCAACUACGCCGAGAAACCGGACACCUUUCUAGAGAUCACCGCUACUGCCAGGAACAGGCGGGAUCGCACGCUGAACGGUAAAAAGUGCAUCGUGGUUAUCAACAUCUUUGUGAUGGAUCGGCUCACUGCAACGGAUCUCAAAGCCAGUGCAAAUACUCCCAUCAGCGCAGAGGGAAGGCCGCCAAGACAUGUCCCUGAGGAUAUACAACGUGCACUCUCGUGA